GGGCUGGACGCAGGUUGGGCGGUACUCGAGAAAAUGCAGUCUCGCUGCUCGCUUUCAUCUUUCCGUGAUUAUAUCCAGAUACACGCGAGGUGAUGGCCGUAUGAAGAAGGUGAUUUCACGAGUUACUCCACACACACACACACACUCUCUCUCUCCCUCUCCUUACCCGUCACUUUUACUGCCAGAUCCUGUCAACAUCAUGACUCUUAACAGUUCGGAAAGCAUGCUUACCAGAUCUUUGUCAUAGGUACAUCGAGGCACAGGUCUUUGAGAUUAUUAGCUCUACUUUCUCUUAAGUACCCGAGUGCCUAUUUUAUCAUUUAUUCGCCAUGAAUAUAUCUACCUCGUGACCAAACGAUUCGACCUUGGAUGUUGUGGAUGGUGAUUUUCGCUCUUCGGAAGAUAAAGAUUAGGAGUGUCUAUCGAUUCAUCUUUCGCCAUACAAUUGAUCAUUUUCCAAAGCGAUUUCAGGAGUAAAACGCACGGAGAAGGUUGCAUAGCUAUGAAUGUUUUUACUUGGAAUGGCUGCUUGAAACACUCGUUAAGUUUCGAGUAGUGUUUGUUAUCAUUUCGUGUGACUCGAGGAACUUAAAGAACAAGACCUAUUUAAUUCAUAAUUAUUCAGCAAAGAACCUCGUUCGGAUUUUCUAUGGGACCUCUCACCUUCAACCGUUCACCAGACUAUUCUAGUAGGAAAAUGGUUUCAAGCGCCCACACAAUGCUCUUGCUAUUGACUUUAUUACUAUGCCUUGCUACAUGUGCAAAGCUAGGAUCAAGUGUAAAGUCAACAAUUACUGCAGAGGUCAUUGGAGACCUUAUGAUUGGAGGAUUGUUUCCAAUUCAUGAGAAGGGUUCACAGAACGCUGGAUCAUUGGACGAUGAGAGGUGUGGACUUAUCAACGAAGACAGGGGGAUCCAGCGCGUUGAAGCUAUGCUGUUUGCCAUAGACAAGAUAAACAAUGAUUCUAAGAUCCUGCCUGGUAUCACAUUAGGUGCAAGUCUGAGAGACACUUGUUCAAUAGACACUUUUGCUUUAGAACAGUCUCUCGAAUUUGUUCGGAGUUCAUUGACAUCUCCAAACUCUUUAGAUUGCCUAAAUGAGAGCGCCGUUAUCGCACCAACAUCUGCCGAAAGUGUAGCUGGUGUCAUAGGUGGAUCAUAUUCUACCGUAUCUAUGCAAGUUGCAAAUUUAUUAAGAUUGUUUGAGAUACCCCAAAUUAGCUACGCAUCCACGAGCGCUCGUCUGUCAGACAAAUCUCGAUUUGAGUUUUUUGCUAGGACAGUUCCACCGGAUACACUUCAAGCCAAAGCAAUUGCGGAUAUCCUAGCACAUUUCAACUGGACUUACGUUUCAACAGUCUGGUCUUCUGGGGAGUAUGGGGAAUCAGGAAUGGAUCAAUUUGAAAAGGAACGGUUGCACAGGAACAUUUGCAUCGCUGCUUCUGAGAAAAUCCCUUACGCCCCCGAUGCCAUGACUUAUGACGAUAUCAUCGGUCGGUUACUCAAGAAAAAUGCGGCAAAGGUUGUAGUUCUGUUCACCCGCGAUGUGGAUGCACGGGACUUGCUGGAAGCUGCACUUCGCGUCAACGCUUCAGAGAAAUUCAUAUGGGUAGCUAGCGAUGGGUGGGGUGUUCAAGAUAUGCCUGUAAAUGGUAGAGAGAUUGUUGCCGAAGGAGCAAUUACGAUAGAACUCCAAACAAAGAAGAUCAAAGGUUUUGACCAAUAUUUUCGAGAUAUAAAUCCAAGGACUAACACACGAAAUCCAUGGUUCAAAGAUUUCUGGGAGCAAAAAUUUAAGUGCCUACUCGAGCCUAAAGAAAGUGUAAAUGUGUCGACGCCAUGUGCGGAAAAUGUACUUGACGAAGCAAAUCAUGCCCAAGAAAAGAAAACACAGUUUGUUGUGGAUGCUGUGUUUGCCAUGGCACAUGCUCUACAUUCAAUGCAAACAGAUCUGUGCCCAAAUACGGAAGAGCUUUGUGAUAAUAUGCUGCCAAUAGAUGGAAGGAGGCUUUUCAAGGAAUAUAUUCUUAAUACAACAUUUUUAGAUCUUGCAAACACUGAAGUUCGCUUCGAUGCUCAAGGUGAUGGAUUAGGACGUUACGACAUCAUGAACUAUAGACCUAUAGAAGGUACCGAUGACUACCGUUAUGUCCAGGUUGGUGAGUGGGCUAACACCCUCUCCAUGGACCCAUCGGCACUCCAUUUUCACCCUGGACUAGAAGAUUAUAACCCUCAAAACGUACCAUACUCGCAAUGCAGCAAACCAUGUGGAAAAGGUGAAGUUAAACUCAUCCAAGAUGAUAAGAUAUGUUGUUGGAUGUGCAUCAAGUGUCAGCCUUGGGAAUUUCUGGAGAACGAAUAUACUUGUAAACCUUGCGAUAUUGGCUACUGGCCGACCGAAGACCUCACACAUUGCUACAAAUUAGCAAAGCAGCACAUGCAAUGGGUUUCAGUGUACACCAUCGUUCCGAUAUGUUUUUCACUGAUAGGGAUCAUCGUUACAUGUGGAGUAAUUGUCAUUUUCUUUCAGUAUCAGGACACACCUUUGGUCAAGGCAUCUAGCCGUGAGCUUAGCUUUCUACUUCUUGGUGGAAUUCUUAUGUGCUACAGUAUGACUAUUCCUAUAGUCACCAAACCGUCGGUCAUCGUUUGUUCUAUCCAGAGACUAGGUCUAGGGUUAUCAUUUUGCAUCUGCUAUGCCGCCAUGCUAACAAAGACUAGCCGCAUUGCAAGAAUUUUCGACAGCGCCUCAAGAUCUGCCCAACGGCCAAAGUAUAUCAGUCCGUGUUCCCAACUCGUCAUAUGCCUAGGUCUCAUCAGUGUUCAGAUCUUCGGGGAAUUAGUUUGGUUGGCAGUUGACCCGCCCUCAACGGUCACCCGUUUCUCAGAUGAUAAAUCAGAAGCCAUUCUUAAAUGUGGAAUAACUGAGAUAAGCUUAGUUUUAUCGCUUGUCUAUGAUAUGUUUUUAAUAGCAAUGUGUACAGUUUAUGCUUUCAAGACAAGGAAGAUUCCUGAAAACUUCAACGAAGCAAAGUUUAUUAGUUUCACAAUGUACACUACCUGCAUCGUGUGGUUUGCCUUUGUUCCGGUUUAUUUCGUUACCAAAGAUGACUUCAGACUUCAGACGACAACACUGUGUGUUUCCGUGAGCAUUUGUGCAUCGGUGGCGCUCGCCUGUCUCUUUGCGCCCAAAGUUUACAUCAUCGUCUUCCAGCCUCACAAGAACGUUCGUAGACUCAGUUCCCAUUCGUCUCGACGGUCACAAUACGACGGAGCACGAUUCCGGGAUGAGGUGAACAAUCACACUCUGUACAACAGCGUUUCCGUCCAAAAGCCUCGACAACAUGGUAUCAAACUAACACCCCAUGCAACACAUUAUGAUAGUCAAGAUACAGACGGAGAAACCAGUCAGGCCUAUCUGUAACAUAUAAUCUUACACACCUACCCACAGUGCAUCGCGGCAUAGAACACAUGCCCAACUGAAAGCCAGACGGUGACACAGUGUUCUACACCUUUACAUCGGAAGGAGAAAUUCGAUAAUAGUACCGAUAUGAAGUUGAAAAUGACUUAAUCGUUGCAUCAUAAGGAUCAAUACCAUGUUCUUCUUCUUCAGUUCUUCGUUUAUUUGGAAAGUCCGUUUCGAUGAAUAUUUCGGUCCAUCAAACAUAAAUUAUGAAAUUGAGCUGACCCUCACACGGAAAACCGAAAUCUGACUCAAUUCUGCGCAUCAGAUAAUAGACUGUUUAACAUCUCAAAGGCCUACGUUGAUGACCAGCAACGUAUCAUAAGGAAACAUAACUAUUUUCAUCACGUGAUGCUUCACACUUUACAGUGCAUGGUAUGGUAAUGCAUAUCACGUGAUUCCUUCAGUUUGGUUUGACAAUGAUGUUACAACAGCAAUUGUCUGGCUGGCUUGUCUCACGUUGCCUUGGGCAUGAACCAAGCGGUAUGCCAACAAACUGCAGUAUAUUGUCUUUUCGUGUUCUGGAGCGAAAACUUGUUAUUCUAGCAUGGAUGUUUAUCACCAAAAACAACAUCGAGUCGACUUGGUGCUUUGCCCAUCGUAGGUCAGAUCAUUGUGUCACCACUAAGCACCGCCUGCUUUGCUGGUUUGCGGUCAACUAUAUGAGCGAGCCCGCGUCCUUGGGACCAUCUUGCGAGUGGACGCCACCUUCACACGCAAUCAAUCAUUAUUACUUCAUGUUAUCAUCACACUUAUCCAUCAAUGACCAAUCACCUAAGGUGUGAUAGAAUCUAAUUCUUGCGUGGUCGUUUUGUGAAGAACCUUGGAAUGGAAUAAGCAUUGACGGAUGAAGUAAUCAUUGAUUUGUGCAUCUACCGAUGGUUGUGGUUUGUCCAUAGCGAUUGUAGGUUUUGAUGCUAGCCGCUGAGAAAACAAUGAAUAAUGUACUCAAUCAAAUCUUAUUUGUGAAAGGGACUGCAUAUGAAAACUUCUAAAACGCACAUCUGGUUUUGGACUAUUUGGUGAAUGCAGCCAGGAACAAUGAUCGAAUCUCACUUUCUCUCAUCGAAAUGUGAUUGUAGAUAAAACUUUUUUAUUAAGAUUUGAAUGUCGGCAAAAAGCAAACUCGAUCCAAAUCUAUUGAACCACAUGAGCACGUAAUGAGCUUGAAGCUAUAAAUUUGACGCAAUCGUAGGGAAUUGAUAGACAAUCAUCCUUUGGCACAGACCAAGUUUUUUAUUUCCGACAAUAAUCGCUUGUCAUCCCCGCAGCGAGUUGUGACAUCAACGGGAUGUGCCUGAGGUUGGAUCUUUCAACUAUUUCUCUUCCCAAAUUGCUAUACCACGGGGAAAUCAAAUCUGAAUAGUUGCAGUAAAAUAAGCGCAUCAUGGAUGCGAGUGAUUGAAAGAUAAAAUGAAUGUGCAGUGAGAAUUUGUGAGUAAACAUAAUUUGAUUGGUUGUGCCGAAUCGCGGGAUGUCUGCUGGGGGUAUCGCUUACCUUCGUCUGGGGCAUGAUUCUUGCCAUGUUAUGGAGCUGAUAUAUGUGGCAAAUCUUUGGAAAUACAAAAACAAGUAUCCAGCGGGACGUGAUUUCUUGUGUGUAAGGCAUCCUUGGCAGAGCAGCUGUAGUAUUUGGGGAUACAGAGUAAAGAUGCACCUGUAAGCGGAAAUCAAUGGAUCUGGGGUAGAUGAGAAGUUGUCAUGAUGAACAUACAUAUCCAUUCAAGAUGUGCGGUGGAACAUGGAAGCAUCUCUUUUUUUCGGAAUUAGAUGAGGAGAAAAUGCAAAAUUGCUUAACAAACCAGAUCAGUGACAACUUUUUAUGAUCUUUUUUAAGGUGUUAUUUCCAAUAGUUAUUAACAAAAUCGUCAUAUCUCCAAUGAUAAAGAUAAAAGAGUUUGGAAUAAAAGAAGAUUGUUUUGUUGUAAUGACAUGCAAACUGUAUGUCAUGCAAGAAUAUAUUCCAAAUGGUUUUUCUGAAGUUUCUCAUUGUGUUAUACUCCGCAUUCAUAUAGACCAAGAUGCAUAUUUUUUUCUCGCAAACCCCUCUUUGGGAUGUGUAAAGCAAGGGUACUUGAGACACAUCAUUUAGUUAACAUUUUAAGGUCAGUGAAUUUUAUUUCAGCACAGAAUAGAAUUUUGUGUAUAAUUAUACCUAAGUGAAGUGUCAUAUUUCUUUUCUGGUCGUGGGAUAUUCCAAACAAAGGCCUUUUGGUUAUGGUGUAGAGAAAUACUAUUCUCUAAUUUUCUUGGCUGUAUGAAUAUGAUAGAUAGGCAUAUCUUUGAUCAAGAUCGCAUCGGAGGUUAUAAUUUACCGCAUUACAUGAAGCGAUUUGGUAAUAUUGAGGGGGAUGGAAAUUUCAAAAAUAUCCGUAUUGACGCAAAUCAAUCAUCACGAUAUCUUGCCUUUUCAACAUAAUUGUCACCAAAUUUAGAAUUAUUCCCGAAGCAUUCACUUUGGUCUGAGAUAGAGCUCUACAGCUUAAACAUCAAAUGAAGAUUUAAAAAAAGAUCCUUUUCGAUUAAAUGCUGUUUUCAAACAGUUUAAACUCGAUGUUAUAUAUAUUUUUUGUUUGAUUAUCAAAGCCUAACCAAUGGCUUCUCUUUUUACGAAUUUAUAGUCCUGAUUUGUAACCGCUUCACCGAAAAAAAUUGUGGUAAAUUGUACAGUAACUGAUAUUAGGUUGUUAUCAUCAUGAUGUACAUGUAAAUUUAUGUUAUUUAUUUUUGCUCUCAUUGCGUCAAUUAAGACUUAAAUUGGAGUUGUCCACUAGUUCGGGGGAGCUUUUCAUUGAAGGAUUUUCAGAUGUUUGAUCCGACAAAGCAUGUUAUAUCCGACAAUAACCAUAGUAACAGUGCUUCUCAGACAAUGAAAAAACAAGGAAAAAUUGUCAAAUCUGACAACUUGUAGGAGGUUAAAUGUUGAUGAAAUACUCAUCUGCUUAUGAUUAUGCUGUCAGUCGAUAAUUCUAUUUCAUUUUUUUCAUUACCAAUGUAAAACGAUCGUUUGAGCAUUUAUUUGCUUCACUUUCGAUACGUCAAAUAAUUUUAUUUCAGUAACACUUAAUCAUUUCAUCCUUGUUUUUAUUACUGUAUUGCAAGUUCCUUCGAGAUUUUCUUUAUACACAUUGAUUCAUUCUUGUGUCUUUUAUUUUUCACCAUCACAAAUUGAUUUUCAUGAUAAAUACCCUUCCCCUUUUGACGUUAUGUCACUUCGUGUUGCUGCAUUUCUAACUGUUAAUGAUUUAUUGCUUUUCAAAUUGUAACGGAAUAGGGACAACGGUAAUAAUUUGGUGAAGUCAAACUAUGCACUACACUUUAUUUUGUAAAGAUAAUCUUAUUUAAAUAACGGGCCUGGGUUUUUCAGAUAUUUUGCGGAUUAUAAAAGAGAAAAUAUAAUCAUUAUUCAUGUAAAUAUUUAUAUUCAUAAUGAAAGUCAAAUUAUGAUAGAAAUGCAAAAUAUAAAUAUAUUUAUAGAUACGUAAUGCAAAAAGAAAGAGAUGGAUUAGAUGUUAUAGGGAGGAUUGAAAAUUUGUAUAUUUUGUUAAUUCGUAUGAUUGUAUCUAAAUGAAGAAAAUAAAGAAUGUAAACGUCAUGAAAGUCGUAUAUGCUGAUUCUUUAUUACAUCAGGGGAAUGAUAUCAAUAUGAUUACAUCGCUUUUGAUAUAGUCAGUAUAUUAGUGUAAUGUAGUUUAAGACUCAAUUUCUAUUGAAUUGUGAAUAAAAUCUUAAUAAUUCCCGCCA